CAGGCGUCAACAUUGAAAAAAACUCAAAAAUGUCUCCAUAACAACUAAAAAAAAACUUAUUACAAAAACAGAGUAUAUUAUGCAAUGGGCAGCCAAUGUAUAAAAUGCACGCCUACUUUCAAGUCGAGUUCUGUAUUAAGAUUCUCCUCUUGGGGAUAGAUUCUCUUUGCUCAGUUAUCACUGGCCAUAUACAAGUUUAAUUUUCUCUGAUAAUCUGUACAGUUGAUCAAUCACAAAUGACAAAGACAUUUAAUAAUAAUGUAUUUUACACACUUUUAUUGAAAUUAAUUGAUUCUUUUUUUAUAAUAUAAACUCAUAUUAAAGUUGCGUUGUAUUAGAAAUCGCAUUACUAUUUACCUAAAAACCUGAAAACGAAUUAUUCUUAUGUCUCAUUAUAAUCGAAUAAAUCAAAAAGUUUUCGACAAUUACGGAUUAUUUUUAAACCAAAAUUUAGAGAAACAAAUUUAGAGAAAAAAAAAGAUUCAAUAAUAGAAAAUGGGCUUAAUACAAUCAAUAUUUUGUUCUAUGAUUUUUUGUGUCGAAAGAGUGCUGACAUGGACUUGCUGCGCGUUUUUGCUAAUGCUGCUCAUGUUCACGAUCGUCGUAUUAAUGGUAUACGGCAUAUCAGUGGGCUAUCACUACGCGCAAAAAGAACUUGCUGCUUUUGCAAUGUCAUCGAGGUCUACGACAGAGGCUUCGAUCGUGCGACGAUCAGGCCAAGAAGGUCGACCAGUCGUUCGACUGGUAGCUGUAAACCGAACAGAAGUUGAACAUGCGCCGGCACCAAUACUUGAGGUUUAUCAAACUAAAAGACCAGGAGAACGCGUGUUUCUGGAGACAUCUGAAACUCCAUACGUCGUUCUUGAAACAGAAAGUCCGCCAAGGGAGCCGAAACUGAACUCACAAGAACGAGAACUGGCGCGAAGGUUGAUCGGUCGAUUUCGCCGAUCGAGAAACAACACUUCAACAAUUAUACCUUUUUUAAGACCUCUCAACACAACAGAGCCUCCUAUACUGAGAAGUUCAGGGUAGUCAACAUAAAGUAUAACUUUUGGAGUGUAUUUUAUAUUAUACCUUUAUAAAUAAAUGGU